AUGUCGGAGUCUCCUGCUUCUUCUCUCACCGCGUCUGGCGGAGAGGGCGUCGCGGUCGCGGGAGGCGCCGCUCUUGUUUGUUCGUCUGCCGCGGCUCUCAGCUCGCGAGGCUCGUGGAGGAGCUCGGCGUUUCUCCCCGCUCUCGCCUUGACCGGUGUCGGAUGCGCCGUCGGCUUUUUCCUCUACAGCGCAGGUAUCUCCUCGCGGCUGAAACGGGCACCGUCCUUGGGGGCGAGAGCGGCUGCGCGAGCAGACACAGAGAACGGCGCAGCGUGCUACACGAAGUCCAGAGGAGACGACCAGCUCCCUUCUGCAUGCGAAGGAGACGACCAGCUCCCUGGCGAGGGCGCAUGUGCAACAGAUGCGGACGCCGUAGGGACCGCCGGCUGCAGCUCCGAUCGCUGCAGAUGCGACGAGACAGGAAAGGAGACAAAGGAGACCGCUGGGUAUCGAGGCGGAGACAGCGGGUGCGGGAGCGCAGCCUGUUGCCAGCAAGUGGACGGCGAAACGCGGCAGACAGAGCUGGAGCUCGCGGAAGAAGACGCGAGUGAAUGCGACCUCGAAGAUCUCCAGGCGAGCGACGACGAAGGUGUGGAGACACUCGAGCCACCCACACACAGCCACCCCACAUUUCCGAGGGUGAAGCCGAAGAGACAGCUGAGACGCAAGGGGACAGAGAACGGAGAGACCAAGAGUCAAGCAGAAGAAAAAGAAGAAAAAGAAGAAAAAGAAGGAGAUCAGAGCGAGGAGGCGAGGCAAGGCGAAGAUCGCCGAGACGCAGGAGCGGCAGGCGAGAGCGAGCGGGGCAGAGACUUUUUCCAGCCGGGCAAAAGACAAAGAAUUUUCGUGAAGACGUUCGGCUGCGCCCACAACCAGUCCGACUCCGAAUACAUGAUGGGUCUGCUCGACGCCGCGGGGUACACCUUUGUGUCUCGGAUGGAAGACGCAGAUGUCUGUCUCAUCAACUCCUGCACUGUGAAGAGUCCGUCGGAAUUCGCCCUAUAUUCGGUGAUUCAAGAAGCCCUGCAGGUGGAGGUCCCCUCGGCGUCCAUGGUGCGUGCACAGCAGCGCGCGAAGGCAGCUAAGAAGGACGGCGGCAGUGAGCCGCGCGCGAUUGCUUCUUCUUCUUGUUCUUCUUCGCGUUGUUCCUCCGAUUCGUCGAAGCCGAAACUCGGGGGCGAGGACAGAGACACAGAGCAAAGAGAACGAGAACAAGAAGAGGGCAAGGAGCACCCUGCAUGCAUAGGCUGCGGUGGCGCUGACGCCUGUCCCCCGGCCUUUGCUCUGACGGGACGCGCAGAGGAGGAGGCGAAGGGAGCUGAGGCGCCAGAUGCGGGAGAAUCGGUGAGAAGCGGAAACGCGGCUCCUGUUGCUAGGCGGCCCAUUCCCUGCGUCGUUGCCGGCUGUGUGCCAUACGGCCUCGGUGGAGACACACGAGACAACGACUCGAGAGGAAAGAAGCGUGGAGACUGGGCGAAGCAGGAGACGAAGCGCGCAGCCGAGGGUGCAGGCGAGAAGAAACAGAGCGGCCAAAGAGACCUGCUGAAGCUCUGCUCCAUUGUAGGAGUGAGUGCGAUCGACCGGAUCGUCGAGGCUGUUGAGGAGGCUCUGAAGGGCAACGUGAUCCGCCUCGGUGGCAAACGAAGGUUGCCGUCUCUCGACCUUCCAAAGAUUCGGCGAAAUAACCUCGUGGAAAUUGUCCCGAUCUCAACAGGGUGUCUAGGCAGUUGCACAUACUGCAAAACAAAGCAUGCAAGAGGCGACCUGGGGAGUUAUCCGGAAGAGGCAAUUGAGAAGCGCGUCGAGGCCUCACUCGAGGAAGGUGUGAAGCAAAUUUGGUUGACAUCUGAAGACUCCGGCGCCUACGGCUUGGAUCGACAGAGCAGCCUGACUGGGCUGCUUGCUCGGCUCUUGCGCAACGUCUUCGACAGGAAGGCCGAUUCGUCGUUGAUGCUUCGCGUCGGGAUGUCGAAUCCACCGUUUCUUCUGCAACAGCUGAAGAGCGCUGUCCAGGUGUUCAGCCAUCCUAACGUCUUCGAGUUCCUCCAUCUGCCUCUCCAGUCGGGCAGCAACGACGUCCUGCUAGCCAUGAAUCGCGAGUACACGGCAGAGCAGUUUGAGGUCGUUGUGGAAACUCUGUUGAAGCAUUUUCCUCGAAUGACGAUUGCGACGGACAUCAUUUGUGGCUUUCCUGGAGAGACCGACGAGGACCACGAAAGAACGCUCGCCAUCAUCAGGAAAUUCAAGUUUCCUGUUGUGAACAUCUCUCAGUUUUACCCUCGUCCCGGCACACCGGCUGCGUCGAUGAAGCAACUGCCUUCUCAAGUGGUUAAGCGACGAAGUCGAGAAGUUACAGCUUUGUUUGAGAGCUACACCUGCUACGAUUGGAUGCUCCAUACCACGCAAAUGGUUUGGUUCAGCUCCACGUCAGAAAAGAGCGACCACACAGUCGGGCAGACGAAGCAGUACGUCAAAGUCUUGACGCCGAGAGACGAUGCGCUGUUGGGAACCUGCUGUCUAAUGCGCGUCACGGCGGUUGAGAAGUGGCACGUCGUGGCUGUGAGAGCGGAGCCAGAAGGCAAAAGGGCAGCGGCGGAAAUCUGAGAAGAGAACGCGGAGUAGACUGGACAGGCCUUAAGAGCUACGAAGGGCAGAAGGUGGAACGCAACGGGACGACCGCAUUCGUUGCUUUCCCUGGAUCCCAUUUUAUGUGUUACCAAAAGUCGAAGAAAGGAAAUGCUCUUCUUCUUUAGGGAAAUUCGGAGCGCACAGGAACUGUGUCUCAGCGUUAUGCAGUACCUGACGUUUCUUCGCUGUGUCACUCGGUAGCUCUUUUCGGUAUUCUCGAAUCUCCACAGUUGACGAACUACGAAUGCCUCUAAACUACGAAGGGUG